AUGGCCGGCAGUGUCUGCAAUGAGAACAAACAUACGGACAUCCAACGUGAAAGCAGCGGCAACAAGCCGAGUCUAUACUCCAUGAAUGAAGAGGAGAGGAGGAGGCUGGUGGUUAGCACCGAGAUGUGCUGCUUCUGUUUCGACGUGCUGUACUGCCAUUUGAACAACCUCAAGCAGCCCAAAGUGCCGAGGUUCACCAACGAACCACAUUCUCUGUUCGUGGCGUGGAAGAAGGGGUGCGGACGGCGCCUGCGCGGUUGCCAGGGAACAUUCACGCCCAUGAACCUGCACGAUGGGCUCAGGGAAUACGCCAUCACAAGCGCACGAGACGAACGCUUCGCUCCCAUUGCACAAGUCGAGCUGCGAAAGCUGCACUGUUCCGUGUCGCUACUCACGGAGCUGGAGGAUGCAGACAGCUAUUUAGACUGGGAGAUCGGCACCCAUGGAGUCAGGAUCGAGUUUGUGGACGAGGAAGGCUCUGAGCGAACAGCGACGUACUUACCACAUGUGCCGGGAGAACGUGGAUGGAACCGUGAGCAGACCAUUAACCGGCUCCUCCGGAAGGGCGGCUACCGGAGUCUGAUCACAGACGACUUGCGGCGCAGCCUAAAACUGACGCGGUACCGCGCACAGAGGGCCACCGCCAGCUUCACCGACUUCAUGGCCUAUCGAAACAACGGUCGUACUUUACAAGAACAUAAUGUUACGGUUAAGCCAUGAAAGGUUAGCUAUUGUACACUGUCUUUUCCAUAUAAAAUCACUAUCUUAAGUUUAUACACGAGUGAUUUGCUACCUCCAAAGGGCUUUCUCUUUCUCUAAGACAUUUCCUGUUGCUAAACAUGAUUGAAUUACAUGUACAUGUAUGUGACCCAG